UAAACUUUUAAUCACAAAUAUAACAAACAAAUCAAAACGGUUGGGGUUUAAAAUUCGACGACAGAGGGAAUUUCAUAAUGUAAAAAAGAGUGAAACAGACGCGAAGAAGUAAACGCGGAAUAAAAACACGGUCUACGCGACCCGGGAAUCAGCAUCAGCUUCGUCUCUUUUCCCAAUGCUUUUUUCUCAUUUUCCGAUUCCAAAUUCGACACUUUCGCUCAAUUGAAAUCAGAGCCAAGAUUGAAAUUCGUUUUUGGUUGAUCAUUCGUACUUGGUGUACAGAAUUUGAUUGAGAUGGAAAUUGAUGGAGGGAAAUUGAUGGUGGUAAAUGAUCGGAGACCUGAAGCAUUGGGUAACUUGAGAGUUCUUCCAGAUGAAAUACUUUGUGAUAUUAUCUCUUUACUCUCUCCUCGUGAUGUUGCUCAACUUGCUUGUGUUAGCAGUGUAAUGUACAUAUUCUGCAAUGAAGAACCUCUUUGGAUGAGUUUAUGCCUAAGAAUUGCAAGUGGUCUCCUUGAGUAUAAAGGUUCUUGGAAAAAAACAGCCUUGCAACUGGAUAAUAAAAUACAAGGAAAUGAAGCAACUGUCAAAAAGCCAUUGCAUUUUGAUGGAUUCUACUCGCUGUUCCUGUACAGAAGAUUGUACCGGUGCUAUACCUCAUUGGAUGGGUUCUCUAUGGAUAAUGGAAAUGUGGAACGGGAAAUCAACCUUUCGAUGGAAGACUUCCACAGGAAUUAUGAUGGAAAGAAGCCAGUUUUGCUUACUGGUGUUGCGGACUCUUGGCCAGCAAGAAAGAAGUGGACUUUGGAUCAGCUAGUGCGUGAUUAUGGGGAUACACCUUUUAAAAUUUCUCAACGUAGUUCUCGGAAAAUCAAAAUGAAAUUUAAGGAUUAUGUCUCAUACAUGAAAAUUCAACACGAUGAGGAUCCCCUUUACAUUUUUGAUGAAAAGUUUGGGGAAGUGGCACCAGGUCUGCUAAAGGAUUAUACUGUGCCCCACCUAUUUGAAGAAGACUUCUUUGAUGUUUUGAACAGAGAUCAGCGUCCACCGUAUAGAUGGUUCAUCACAGGACCAGAGAGGUCCGGAGCUUCCUGGCAUGUUGAUCCAGGUCUUACUAGUGCCUGGAACACUCUUCUAUGUGGACGCAAAAGGUGGGCGUUAUAUCCUCCUGGUAAAGUACCCAUAGGUGUUACUGUACAUGUAAAUGAAGAGGAUGGUGAUGUGAACAUCGAGACUCCAUCAUCUUUACAGUGGUGGCUUGAUUUUUAUCCACUCCUCCCUGACGAAGAUAAACCUUUGGAGUGUACUCAACUGCCCGGAGAGACAAUAUUUGUCCCCAGUGGAUGGUGGCAUUGUGUCCUGAACCUAGAGCCCUCUGUUGCUGUCACCCAAAACUUUGUGAAUUCCACCAACUUUGAGUAUGUAUGUCUGGAUAUGGCUCCCGGAUACCGUCAUAAAGGAGUUUGCCGUGCUGGAUUUCUUGCUCUUGAUGAUGUGAAAUUGGAAGAUGUGGUCACAACCUGUGCUAUAAGUUGCACAAGUCCAAGAGAUAUACCUAGGAAAGACACACGGAGAAGAGCAGACAAUGCAUGCCACGAAAGUUCUGGAAAUCAUGUUGCAAAUUGCUGUGAUGUAUUCAAUCAUGAUCCUCAUUAUAAUAUAAGUUUCUUAUCAAAAUUUUUGGAUGAACAUAGAGACCAUUAUAAUUCUAUGUGGAGCUCCUCGAACUGCAUUGGACAGAGAGAGAUGAGAGAUUGGCUAUGGAAACUUUGGAUUGAAAAACCAGGAAUGAGGGAUCUGAUAUGGAAGGGAGCAUGUCUCGCUGUCGAUGCAGGGAAAUGGCUAGAAUGUAUUGAUCAGAUUUGUAGGUAUCACAAAUUCUCUUCUCCGAAAGAUGAUGAGAAGUUGCCUGUCGGCACUGGCAGCAAUCCUGUUUAUUUGAUUGGGGAUGCUGUAAUUAAAAUCUAUGUUGAAGGAGGGCUGGAAUGUUCACUUCAUAGUUUGGCCACGGAGCUUCACUUUUACAAUCUACUAUGUCAACUGAAUUCCCCUUUGAAGAAGCAUGUUCCUGAUGUGCUGGCCAGUGGUUUUAUUUUUCUUGAUAACGGAUCUUACACUGUUGUACCAUGGGAUGGUAAAGUAGUGCCAGAUGUCAUUGCUAACUGCAAUCUGAUGAGUGAGAACAGCAAGGGUGACGACAUUUCUUUUGGUUUGUGGAGCAAAAUAAUAUUUGAUUACAAAAAACCUGAAUUCCCUGCGUCAGUUACUGGCAAUCCAUCCGAAAGCAAGAAAAUAUGGCCUUAUAUUGUGACAAAAAGAUGCAAAGGAAAGAUUUUUGCAGAGAUAAGGGACUCUUUGUCUUUGGAAAAUGCCCUUGAUUUUGCUUCCUUUUUGGGAGAGCAGCUCCAUAACCUCCAUGUGUUGCCCCUUCCACAGAUUGCCAACUUUACUUUAGCAAACAUGAGGAAGGAACUUGGUUUGGCUCCCAGCAACAAUCUUAUGGAAAUUGAUUCUCUUGAUUCUGAUGGUGAUGCAAUGUGGGAGAUAUUUCUUCACAGUCUCGACAGAAGAAAAAAGGAUGUAGUCAGCCACUUGACUAAAUGGGGAGACCCUAUUCCCAGUAGCCUAAUCGAUAAAGUUAUUGAAUACCUUCCUGAUGAUAUGAAGAACUUAUCUUCUAUAUUUGAGGGAGUUCCUUGUUCUUGGAUACAUUCAGACAUCAUGGAUGACAACGUCUAUUUAGAACCCCAAAAUAGCAUUGAUCAUGAUGAUCACUCCGACAAAGUAUUUGUAAAUGGCAACCUGAAGAAUGGGGAAGUGCAGGUCUGGAAAUCAUCUCACAUUCUUGACUUCAGUGAUCUGUCUAUCGGUGAUCCUAUUCUCGACGUGAUCCCCAUUCACUUAGAUAUCUUUAAAGGAAGCAAACGCUUGCUUAAGCAGCUAUUGUCAACAUACAACCGUCCAUUCCUCAACAGAAACUCACAAAAUAAUUCGACUGAUAAUGGUGUAAAAUUUCACCGACCCUCUUACCGUGCAAUGUGCUACUGUAUUCUGCAUGAGGAGAAUGUAUUAGGAGCUAUUUUCAGCACAUGGGAUGAGUUAAAGGACGCAAACUCUUGGGAAGAAAUUGAAGAAACUGUUUGGGGAGUUUUGAAUGAGUUUGUGUAUCUGCUGUAGUUCCUUAAUUAUCGUAUUCUUACGGUUUCUUGGACGAUUUUGAUUAUCAUUUUGUAUAGAGUGUACCAUUAUUGUGCUCAUUUUCUAUCAACGAUAAUAAUUUUAAAACCUUAAUCGUAAUUCGUAACAAUACAAUAUCGGCUACUUGAGCCUGAGCCAAAUUAUUGACAGUUCGUUGCUGAUAGAGGUUAUACCUUAUUUUUCUGUAAUUUCUAUUUUUUUUUUUUUUGUUUCAAGUGACAAGCUUUCUCAAACUACUUGUAAUACUGAAUAGUAGAAAUAGAUUUAUGUCA